AUGAAACGAUUAUUUGAUGAAACUGAAUCAAUAAUUAAACGUCAUUGUCUUCUUAUUUCUUUCUUAUCAACAUCAGAUGAAAUCAAUGAACCUGAAGAAGAUAUCAUUAUUAAUGAACAUAUUAAUUCGUUAAAUAGUCAAAAUGAUCAUAAUGAUAAUGAUAGUAUUGAAAUUAUAUCUGAAAAUAUGAAUAGUACAUGUCAACAAACUGAUCAUAGAAUGAUAAUACUUUCAGAUUCUGAUUCAGAUGAUAAUCAAAUCAUUGAUGUAACUGAUAAUAAUAAUUUUUUAUCAAGAAUACCAACAAUCAAUACAUUAAUAUCAUCACCUCAUAAUGAAUUAAUUGAAAAUAAUGAAACAAAUAUUGAAAAUAUUCAUGAAUUAAUUGAUUUAACAGAUGAUGAAUCAAAUUCUUCUUAUUGUUCAUCGAAUAAACUUGAAUAUCAAUCAUCAAUUGAUAUUGAAGAAUGUCCAAUAUGUUUAGAAACUUUUAGUGAUUUACAAUAUACAGGUGUUUAUUUAAUAAUUACACAAUGUAGUCAUAUUAUGUGUACAUUAUGUAGUCGUCAGUUAUUAGCUAUAUCAUCUCGAUGUCCAUUAUGUCGAGAGAAUAUUAAUUCAAAUACACUUAUACCAUAUUGUAUAAUGGCUCUUGCUACUAUCCAAGCAUCAUAUCAUGAUGAUGAUGAUGAUAAUGAGAAAAGUACAACAAUAAUACGUGAAGAGAAAAUCGCUGAUCAAGUAGCCGUAAUAACAGAUCCAACAUUUUCUGUUAUGUCACGAAUUAAACUUGAUUUAGCACCCGUUAUUGCCAUUCAGCCAACAGAUACAAGUAGUUUUCUCGAUAUUAAAACAAGAGAAGUUUUAUAUAAUCCAAAAUUUGAAGAUAUGUAUGCACCGGUAGUAAUUUGGUCCAAUAAAUCCAAAUUUGCCCCACAACAACAACGUAGUUAUAAGAAUCUAUUAAAUGGUUAUGCAGAAUCGACAACAUUAAGUGAUUUUCAAUUUGAAAAUCAACGACGAACAUUCGAUAGUUUUGGUUAUGCAGCAGAUCCAAGUCUUGGAGAUUAUAAUAUAUUACAAAUGAUUGGUGAUCAAACUAGUGCUGAAAUAAAUCAAGGCAUGACUAUAUUUGAAAAAACAAGUAAAAAACGUUCUGAUGAAAAACUAAAAAAAGAAAAGAAUAAUGAUCCAAGUGAUGUCGAAGGUUUUCAUGGUCCAUGGGCUCCAUUUGUCGAUGAAAUUACUGUAUCACGUCCAUCUGAAGAAGAACAAAAAGAAAUCGAUGAAUAUUUAGCGAAAAAACGCAAAUCUAAACGACCUACAUUUAAAGAUCGUAAUGCACCAAUGUCUACUCGUGAUCCUGAAUCAACAACAUUGAACAACGAACCUGAAGAUUCAUCAUCAACAACAUUACAUAUUAAAGAUCCAUAUGAUUAUCAAGGUCGAUCAUUUCUUCAUAUACCACAAGAUGUUGGUGUUAAUCUACGUUCAGAACAUGGACCACAACGAUGUUUUAUUCCAAAACAAUGUAUACAUACAUACAAAAGCUUUAAAUUGUGGGAAUUUUAUAAUGAACGUCGUUGUAUUCGAACAUAUGCUGGACAUAGUCAAGCUGUACGUGAUGUUAAUUUUAAUAAUACAGGCACUGAAUUUCUUUCUGCUUCAUAUGAUAAAAUGGUUAAAUUAUGGGAUACAGAAACUGGUCAAGUGCUAUUAAUACUGUUACAUUUUGUUGAUCGAAAUCGUCGUAUUGUUUCAACAUCUGAUGAUAAAAGUAUACGUGUAUGGGAAUGGAAUAUUCCUGUUGAUUUUAAAUAUAUUGCUGAUCCAACAAUGCAUUCUAUGCCUGCUGUUGCACAAUCACGAAAUGGUAAAUAUUUAGCAUUUCAAUCGAUGAAUAAUCAAAUUCGAAUUAUGGAACCAUUGGCAAACUUUCGAUGGAAAAGUAAAAAAAUAUUCAAAGGACAUAUGGUAUCUGGUUAUGCAUGUGGUCUUGAUUUUUCACCUGAUAUGUCUUAUUUGAUAAGUGGUGAUGCAGAUGGAUGUUUAAUUAUUUGGGAUUGGAAAACAACACGUAUAUUUGAACGAAUUAAAGCACAUGAUGAUGUAUGUAUUGAUGCUAAAUGGCAUUGGCGUGAAAAAUCAAGAGUUCUAACAGCUGGAUGGGACAAUGUUGUAAAACUAUGGGAUUAA